CUGGUUUUUAUGCAGUUCCGUUUCGGUUACCAAUCACGCCAGACUGUUCUUUUUAUUUAAAAAUAUCAUUUUUGAAAUAGAAUAAAAUAAUUUUCUGACUGGACUGAAAUGUCCAGAAGUGGCCAAAGUAGUUCGACGUACACGAGAAAGUUGUACUUUGAUCCUAAAGCGGACGAGCCGAAGGGAGACGGCUAUUGGAUAACAGAUGAAGAACUACGUGACAAACUUUCGAAUCUGGUGGACGUGUCCGAGAACAUUGACGAAGUGAGGUAUUACAGCAACCCGAUUUACCCGUGGCAGGUGUCCAACAAUCACCUCCAUCAUGCUUUCAUCGUAUUCCAAACGAAGAAAUGGUGGUGGUCCAUCGAGAAAAACAAUGAAGGCGUCACAAUCCAGCGCUCCAAAAAUCAGGAAAGUGUUUGUGAUAUGUACAGGAGGGUGAACCGUACAACCGGGAUAACUUCCUCGACAAACAUCACAUUGGUGAAUAAAUCCAGUGGAUGCACGAAAUUAAACGAGCUCAUCAAUUACCUCUGGAGGAAAGAUUACUUGAAUCAAGAAUACGGCGUUCUUUCCUACAACUGUCAACACUUUGCUGAUUUAAUUUUCAAGCGGAUAGCGGAGUCAAAAACUUUACAAGAGCUGGAUGUUUAUUUUGAUUCGGCAGCUGAUCAACCGUCGGGAACAAGUGGGAUGGGAUUCAUCACUGUCGACGAACUUCUCAGCCGUGUUCAUGAUUUGAGCUCUUCUGAUGAGAUUCUAGUUAAAAUUGAAAUUUACAAGGCACCGAUUAACUCGUGGCAGGUCAUGGAUGCAUUAAUGUAUCACCUUUUCGUGAUUUUCCAAACGAAUGAGGACACAUACUGGUCCAUCGAGCGAUGGCCGACUCGUUUCACGAUGCAGCGAGCUAAAAAUAAAGGCAUUCUAUUGACCGAGUGUGAACGAAACCCUCGGCCAGCAAACUGGUUCACUCCGGUCAAGGUUUAUCAAUCAGCAAAUGCAAAAAGGAUGCCCUUGAGUGCAGUCAUGGACUUUAUUUGGAAGAAGGACAAAUUAAACGAGUCAUAUGACUCCUUAAGUAAUAACAGCAAACAUUUUGCCAGAAGUGUUUAUAAUCAGUUUCAAGACGGUUGCCAAGUUAAGUGAAACAUAUACAUUUGUUAUUUAACCGUAUAAGUGCAACCAUGUAUAGAGCGUAUAAGAAUGUUGAAAAAAAUAAACUAAGUAACCCCAGCGCUCGUAAUGAUUCAACAUUAUUGGAAUCCUAAAUUGAAUUUACAAAUAUUUAACAAACGAUCCACGAUUCUAGUAGACCGAAAUCCCGGAGCGGCUUUCCAGAUCUAAAUCCGGAGACGCACUUAAAAAUAUAUAAAAAAUAUAGUCAUGUUCGUCUCUGCACGCCCAAUUUACCUGCGUUUGCAGAAAGACGAAAUUCCCGCCCGUUUACGAGAUAUUAAGCGUUAAAGUUUUUUUUUUUGAAUUUUGUCAGAAAGUGGGGGGACUUUUACAUCGCUUUUCGGAAAAGCGGGGGAGCUAGAGUAAAAACUAAUUUUAUAGAAAGGUUUAUUGCUAUGUCAACCACCAAAAUCCAAAAGGAAUUUCCUUUCCGGAUUUUAUUGGGUGAGAUAUGACUAAUUUUCUGAGAGGCUCAUUUUUCCCUUUUCCCUCUCUGUCUGGCAGCCAUUUUUUUGUACUCUCCGCCGCGCUCCUUGCGGAAGCAAGCAGAAGGUUUUAUCUGUUGGCCUUCAUUUUAGACCCAUGAAAGCUAUAUCGGCCUUCAUAUUUAGUGGAACCAAGCUGGCUUCCGCAAGGGGCGCGGAGGAGAGUACAAUAAAAAUGGCUGCCAGAUAGAGAGGGAAAAGGGAAAAAUGAGCCUCUCAGAAAAUUUGGGGAAAUUUUUUCUGGUGAUCCAACACACUACUCUUUUUACCUGGAGAGAAAUCAUCAAUCAUAUCGGUAGCAGAGCUUUCUGCAACCAUACUUAAAGAGAACAAAAUUCCUAAUGUUCAAUUCGCCCCAGUCUUCAGAAAACAUCCAGCAUUAUUAUGACCUCAGCUUGCGCUUACCCAGGGAAUGCAAGACAACAACCAAGACAUCAUAAUUCCUUCGAACACCAAAAGAAACAAUCUGCUUGGAAUGACAACGAACUGGGUGAAAAGAUCCAAGUUCAGUUAUGCUGUGACAGACUUUACUGUGAGUGAAGAAAAAAAAAAAUUCCGUGCCAUCACAAAGAUCAUGUAAAGGCAGUUGACCAAGAUUGUAUUGAGCAACGACGGAUAUUGGAAGAUUUCAAAUUUUACAAGACAGGUCAUGGAUUUCCAUAAAGAGCUGAAGCCUGUUGCAGAAAAAACACGAGAAAACAUUUCCAACGCAGUAGCUAUAGUCAGCAGCAGCAGUGAUGAGGACAAUGACCGAGGCAAUGACAUAGUCAAAAGCGAUGGAAACCAGGAUGGGAACAUUUCAAAUAGUGAUGCUGAGGACUGCUUCUCACCAGGAAACCACAGCACUGGCUCACGAAGCUCGAAGUACUUGCAGCACCAAUAAUUCGUUCAUCAUCCCCAGCACUUCAACCCUCGAUAAGACCACUACUGGGAAGACUGGAAGCGAGGCAAGAAGUAAGGACUCGACUGGAAGUAAGUCAAACAAAACUACUCCCCGAGCUGUCAAACGAACUGCUACACCAGAAAAGGCUAUGGAGACCAGCAACAUCAUGUCGUCGAACACUGCUGCCACAUCAACCUCAGCUAUUCCUCCAGAAAAGAAAAAAAACUCGUAAACAGGCUAAACAACUCGCUAAACAGCCAAAGAAAUCGAACACAGUUGCUGCCGAUCCUUCGGCAGGGUUUUCGACUGAGUUGGAUUUUUAAACACCGAUGUUUCUAUGCCGUCUAGAAGCAUCGGUGUAACAAACUGGAACUCAAGAAACAAAAGACGGCAGAUAGCAUUACAAAAAGCAGCCUGUGUUAGUAAACCACUCAAAAUAACGGAAUUCUACUACCCUAUUUUUCAGAAAAUAAGUGAAUUGGCUGAGACUCAUUUUGACCUUAAAGAAUCUCUAAGGAUGAUGACACAAAAUUACCAAAAACUGAAAGAAAAGGACAGCAAACGUGAUGAGACCAUUCUUUCCAGUGGAACUGUUCUUACAAGAAUGAUCAACGAGUGCCUUCAACAAGAAAGUGCGUCGUCCAGAGGCCGGAGAUAUAAAGAUGAAGUGUUGCUGAAGAACCGGAAAAAAAUUGUGGAUUUUAGGUGGUAGGAAGAUGUACGAAAUCAUAUACGCCAAUUUCCGUGGCAUUUUACCAUGUCCAAGGACAAUUCAAGUGAAACUAUUGGAAUACGACAACAGUGUAGCCGAAGGAAAGGUAAAUGGCGAAGGAUUAAGAGAUUACCUUGUUGCCGAAAACCUACCCUUUGUUGUUAUUGCUAUUUCUGAAGAUGCAACAGCUUUAAAAGGAUGUCGGAAAUAUUCAGCAAAACGGAACUCUGUCAUCGGAAAUAGCCUCCCUCUUGGUUCAACCGGCCUUCCAAAUGCUGAAGACGCUGUUGUGAACAGCGCAAUUGAAAUCAUAAAAAUUAUUUCCCAACUGAGGGCUACUGUUGUUUUCAUCGUAAUGGCUUAACCAUUGGCAGACUCCUUUCCGCCUAUGAGAAUAUGCACUUUUGGGAGUGAUAACAGGUUUACCUACAACGACGUCCGUAAUCGACUUCACACCAUACAAUUGGAACUGAAGCAGUUUGGUAUUGAAAUCCUAACAUAUGGUGCAGACGGUGACUCGAGAGAAUUGAAGAUGAUGCGCGAACACUUAAAGCUAGGAUUGGUCCCCAAAACAAGUAAUGUACUAAUUUUAAAGAUACCACGUAUGUAUAUUUAUGUCCAUUUGUUUCUCUGUUGCGAUAUUCAGCAGAGGAUCUAAAUGGUUUGCAGCAGAACAUUACAAAGUACGAUCCCUGUUCAGGAUGUUGUCCAUGAAGGAGUGAAAUUACGCACAAGGUUCCUUAAAAUCACCAAAAAUGCCAAAUUGAUAAUUCCCAUUGGUUCAAACCUUGUGAGUCCCAAUCACAUCUCCCUUUUACUAGAAAUCGUGUCUAAAGAGAAGCACGGUCUCCACAAAUCUGUUAUGAAUCUUGAAGACAAGAUGAAUUACGACGCCGUCGUUCGUCUUUGCAGUUCAACAGUACAAAAUUUAUUGAAGAAAGCACGCCCAGGAUUCGAACGCUACUUGUUUUACCUGAAAGUCAUCCAGUUCAUCUUAUCUUCCUACACUGAAAAAGAUUUGUCACCAAGGGAAAGAAUCUACCGCAUCUGCUAUGCGGUACUAGCCUUUCGAUAUUGGCGUUUUUGGCUCAAGUGUCCACUGAUGACGUCUUUUAUUUCCCUCAAUUCAUAUAUGUGUGCAGAAAUUCUUGCACAAUCUCUGAUUCCAAUCGUAGUAAAACUUAAGGCUGAAAAUAAGCCAGAGUUACUUACCACAUGGCUCAUGAACAGUCAGAAUUGUGAAAUGUAUUUCAAGGCUCUGAGAUCGUAUACACGUGUCGGAUCUAC